UUUAGAUGAAGGACGGAAACACUUUUCGCUCGCAAUAUCAAAUCCAUCGGCUGAUACUCGGUUUUUUUCCCUUUUCUUUCUUUGCCGCAUGAAUGAGGUGGGUUUUUACAGGACCAUGUGGAACCAGUGCUUCUGAAGAGACUGAAAGUAAUACUGCUAUGACUGAUUUGAGGCCAAAUGCACAAGAUCACAAAGAUGUGGAAUCGGUGUCUGACAGCCCAGGUCCCACUCAGGAGCCAUUACAGAGUCACACAUCCUCCCUGAAGAACAAUGCCGCAGGUCUGUCCUCAGAUGAACACGAAAACCCUUUAAAUGGAGCCCAGUCGAAUCCAUUUGUAUACAGCAGUGUCCCUGCUGUUCCCCAUGCAGGCAAUUCAUUGCCUUCAGGAGCACUUGUUAAUGGACCUGGUUCACACCCCACCUCAGAGGUACGCUGUGUCCUGAACAAAGGCAGUAUUUUAUCCAACAAUGUCCUGGAUACCAAGUGGCAACCAGAGAAGGACACUAGCCCUCAGGUGUUACCGCCACAUAGUGAGCUUCAAUCAGAUGCUUGGAAGAACACAGCAGGAACUGUCCUAAAAACAGUGGCUGAACAGUCAGGUGCCAACACGCCACUGUCUAAUUCUGAAGAAAAUGGGUCUAAACUGCCCUAUUCCACACUGUCAGGUGACAGUUCUGACCAAAUGCACAUUAGUCAACCCUUAACAAACAAAGCAAUGAAAACAAGAUCUCUACGGGACUCAAACACAGAGUUGUCGGAAUACUCCUCUGAUGAGUAUGCUGAUACAGAAGUGAUCAGAUGGGACUCACCAAAAAAGCUCAAGCACAUCUCGCCACAUGGCCACACAGAGCUUUCCAAAGGUCAUUCCAAGAACACAGCCUUAGCUACUGAGCAACCUAUUUAUGGCAUGGCACAGAUAGGUUGUAAUGAGGAAAAUGACCCUGAAGAUGAGGACAAGUUUAGCACAAAACCCGAAAACCUGAAGACAGAACGACCCAAGCAUGAUCUGCUUUGCUUUCCAUGCACAAUAUGCAGUGUUAAAUUCAAGGAAAAGGGGCAUUUGCAUAGACAUAUGAUGUAUCAUUUAGAUAGUCAUAGUAAUCAGGUGAACUGUGAGAAUGUUUCGAAGCCUUAUGUAUGCAGGGAGUGUGGGUGUCUGUUCUAUGAUAACAACUCCCUCAUGAAGCACAUUAUUAUCCAUCAAGAGAGGCUAGAAAAAGUCAUGAAAGAAAUCAAAGUUCUUAAAAAACUUGAAAACGAAGACAGGUAUAGCAGAUUUCAAUGCCCACAUUGUGUAUAUGGAUGUAAUCGCACUAAGUCCAUUGUCCAGCAUGCCAAAACACAUGGCAAUAUUAAGCACUAUUACUGUUGUGAUGAGUGUAGCUAUAUUGCACUCAAUGAGCAGGCACUUGAAGCACACUUACAAGCUAUGAAUGAUAAUGCAUCACCAAAGCUUAACCAAAAGGUCAAGAGACAGACUUCUGAGGAGGAUAUCUAUGAUUGUAACGGCAACAACUGUGAAGCUACAGCCAACCUCCUGGAUAGCAGAGAGAACCCUUAUGCCCGGAGCUAUCCUAUACAGAAGCAUAGGUCUUCGGACAAAGACAAAAGUACACAUGCUGAUGAGAUUAUUGAGGAUGAUAACAAUGAAGAUGAUGAUUGCAGUGACAUACAGCAGCUUGUUAUCAAAGAGGAGUAUAUUGAAAGUGCAGUGUGUGAUGAUCCCCCAGCAUCACCCUCUACACCUAAAAGCGAACCCUUUGACAUUUUAUUUGUGUCAGGAGUUGAGCAUAAGCCCUGUCCUUACUGUCCUGCUGUGUUUGAGUCUGGAGUGGGUCUCUCAAAUCAUGUGCGAGGGCACCUUCACCGAGUUGGGUUGAGUUAUAAUGCUCGUCACAUAGUUUCACCGGAGCAAGUGGCACUGCAGGACUGCCAACCACACAUUCGCAAAAGGGUUCCCUCUGGCAUGAAGAGACUAAAAAAAGCAAACAAGCCAGCAUCACAAGAAGAACAUACAUGUCCCCUUUGCAGAAGCUGGUUUGAUACCAAAACUGGCCUCUCCAACCACGUGAGGGGACACCUCAAACGAAUAGGUAAGACCAUCAGCAGCGACAACAAGUCCCCUGUGUGCUUCCUAAAUGAGCUGCUCCAGGACAAGAGGGAGCAUCAGAACAUACUCCAGAUCCUUAACAGGAACCAGUCCCCCUCACGUCCCUUUGUCUCUCAGAAGAUCGUCAGCAGCAAUGGCUCAUUCUUGAGGCACACUGGGAUCUCAAUGAAAAUCCAGUACGGCGUGAGGAAACCUACUCCAGUGGGUAGCUGUGUACCAAAGCAGGAGGUGGAUGAGUUCUCUGAGGGGAAGACACCACAGGUAGAAGCACAAGGGGCCAACGGGGCCUCAAGCACUUUAGUAGAGCUGCUACAGACAAUGCAGAAUGGCACGGCGCUCAAGGGGCGAGAUGGUUAUUACGCAACCAGGAGGCACUUCAACAUUGCCAAAGAGAGCAUGGAGGAGAUGCAGGUGACCAGUGUGGAGUCAAAUUAUGUUCACGGGGAAUGUGGUACAAACUGCAUUCACUGUAACACCAAUUGCCAUACUAGCUUCAGUCUGUCCAGUCACCUUCGAGCCUAUGCACGUAGGAAAAAGAUUGCCAUUUUGGAAAGAACAAGCUAUGAUUUAAAGCAGAGGAAGCCACGAUUAAGACCUGGGCUCAAAAGGAAGGUUUGUCCAUUGAAUGCUGUGAAGGAAAUGUAUAGACUCACCUGCAGAUUCUGCGACCUCGUCUUCCAAGGUCCCCUGUCUGUCCAGGAAGAUUGGAUCAAGCAUUUACAGAGGCACCUUAUGCACACCAGUGUCCCCCAUUCAGGAACUGGAAUGGUCGAGGUAUUGGGUCUCCAAAAAGAAAUGAAUGACAUAUCGCAUGAAUACAAAGCCCUCGAACAGAACCCAUCCUCUAUUGAACUUCCAUAUAAGGCUCUAGCCUUUUAACAUAGUCAACAUGACUUUUAAGAUAAAUCCCACAAAUGUAUAGGUAUUUAAUACUUAAAGCUACAAUCUGAAGAUUUACAUGCAAACAAAUGUCCUUUUUGAUAUUUUCUAUAGGUGAUGUGGACUGUAGCACAAUAUCAAAUACACAAAUAUCCAAAUCAUGCAUACUUUUGUCAUUGCCCAUUUUAAUGGCGACUAUAAAGAACCACUUUCCUGGGAACAAUGAUACACCGCAUAGCGUUUCACAUCUUUAGCAUAGCUGCCAAAUGCUGGAAGGUAGCAUUGUGUUUGAAGAAACAGAGUUGUUGUGGCUAGCGAGCAGAAAUGGCUAACCAAGGUGGUGUAAGACCUUCACCACCAGAUACUGCAACACCAGUAGCUAAAACCCCACAUUCAGCCAUGUGUUUUGUUCAGGAGAUCAUUGAUUUUUUUAAGGAUGGAGUACCAAAAUGAAAACAGCGAUAGUGAUAGGAACCUAAAAGGCACUCUUCUGAUUGACUGCCAGUCAAAUUGAAUAUGCUAGUAUGUCUCAAGAAACUCAUCUUUGAUGCCAGUUACAGGUCCUGAAAUACUUUAGACUCAGCUAGAUUUGGUCCUUGGGGAUGAUCACAUUUCCAUACACUCGAAGUGGGAAAAAUUCUUUUUUGAAAAUUGGCAUAUAGACCAUUAUUCUCAGUGUUAGACAUUAUGCCGAAAGCGCAAGUGCGAAUAAUGCUGUGAGCAACACCAUGAAAUACUAGAAGAGGAUUACAGGGAAGCGAGUUUACUUAAACUUUGGCAUGGAGUGCAAAAGCUUCUUCAUCAUUUUGCAAAGAGAUUUUGUGAUGACAGAUGUUUAAUAGUGAUGGUUGAAUGUCAUCCCGAUGAAAUCCACUUUCUGUUCAUGUUCUGUUAAGUAGUUUUAAAAUGACUGUGUUCCAUUUUUUUCUUCAAUAACAAGAUUGACAAAAAUUAAUAGAGUGAUAGAUAAGAUGCUGCAUGAUUUUUAUUAUUUUUUUCUAUGACCGCCAUUAUGCUACAGAAUGUACAAAUGCUGACAUAAUCAGAGGCUAGCUAUAAUUUGAGAAUUUAAUCUUUUUUAUGAUGGGCCCUACAAUUUCUUUUUACCCAUAACCCAUCUAUGGGCCCCAAAAAUGCCAUAUAAGAGCGAUUCUAAAUGUCUGUUCCCUGAUCCUUCUGCUAGUAUAUUUCAUCACAGAAAUAUGGAAGUCCAAUAGAAUUGAAUAGGCGGUGGUGUUGAUAGUUGCCCCAGGUUUUUUUAUGUUUCUUGUUUUGUUAGGGGAUGAAGAGUGUGCCGACAUAAUUGCACUUGCCACUUUAGCACUAGGUUUCUAUUUUGAAAACAUUCUUAUUUGUAGUGGUCAUACACAACUGCAAUUACCAGUCUCACCAUAUGUGUCAGUAAAUUAAAUGGAAACAAUCGUCAUGAUUGUA